UUAAUGCAAAUACUACAAAAUGAUACUUAUCUUUCCACUAUAUUAACAACCUAGAACUUACUAAUGUAGAUGUGUGUUUCUUACAAUUUUAAAAAUGUGUGCAUAUGCCAUCAUUCCAAAAACCAAGCGAGAGAUACACAUCAUAAAGAAUGUAAAUAUUAUUUUGUCCAGAGAGCGCAAGCCCUUAACAUUGCAUGAAAUUCUCAGAUAUUUUAGGGGAGUACAGGUUGAUGAGCUGCACAAUGUAGUCCUGGGAAAUCCUGGUAAUUUUGAAUGGUGUGAUGACGGAGAGUGUUUUGUCAAACAGAUAACAAAAGUUUCUGUUUGUGAAAUUCAUUGCUCUAAAAACAAAACCUGUCCUGGAACAAUUCCUUUUUGUUCUGGUUUGCAUAUCUGCAAGUUUUACUUACUAUCGGGAAAAUGUCAGUUUGAAGGACAGUGCACUUUUGGGCAUGAUCUGACAACAUCGCAUAAUAUGAAGAUUUUGAAAGAAAAUUAUCUUGAUGGCGUAUCUGCUGAUGAUCUGAAGUACCUUUUCAGCCAGACAGAAAGCAGAACUUCAGUCACUGCUCCUAAAAUUUGUAAAUUUUAUAAUGUUGAAGGAGGUUGUAGAUACACAGCAGCAGGAAAGCUUUGCCCAAAUCUGCAUAUUUGUAAACAUUACAUUAAUAGCAGCUGCAGAUUUGGCCAGAAAUGUCGGAGAAGCCACAAUAUACUUGACAGAUAUGUUAAAGAUAUCCUUGAAAAGCAUGGAAUUAAUACAAAGAGGACACCGAAAGAAAUUUUAGUAGAUUUACGUGAAGCAAUGUCAUCUUCAGGGAAUGACGGUAGUAGUGUGGGAUCCUAUCAUAUGAAUACAGCAAUGAUGGGUUUAAGUCUACAGUCAGAAGAUCACCCCAGGAAUUCUAAUUCAGAAGACAGUGAUGACAUUAAUCAACCAGUUAGGAGUAGAAGAGCAAAGAGAAGACAGGAUAUUCCAUCAGGACUUCCAAAACCACCUUUACCAAGAGAUAAACAGUAUCAGUUGCAUGGUGAAACUCCCCCUGGGGUUCCCCAGCCAAUGAAAAGAUUGUCACGACCAGCCUCAGGACAGCGGCAACCUUCUUCCCAGGUAACACAGAGACUACCACGUCCUCUAUCAGCACAGAGAAUGGCAGCAGCUGCUACAGGCAGACCAGGCUUGAGCAGGGAAACUUCCACUGACCAAACUUCACAUCAAGUUAUCUGUUUCUUUUACCUUCGUGGACGUUGUGCGUUUGGUGAUUCCUGUCGCAAUUUCCAUGGUGACCUUCCAUAUCAGUGGUUAUAUAAAAUUCAAGGUGACAAUGAGUGGAAAACAGUGCCUAGAGAUGUAAACUUGGAGAUGGAGCUGACUUAUAGUGACCCUAACAACCAGGAAUAUUACAUGGAUAUAGGAAAUAGUGUAAAAAUAAUCUUCAAGUCAAUGGUUGGUGCUGAUAUAGACCAGAAGAAGUAUGAUAUUUGUAGAUUGUCAACAUCAUCAUCAGUAGAAUUUGAACGUCAACCACUGACUACUGUAUGGGUGUGGUAUUGGAAAGAUCAGUUGGGACAAUGGAGAAAGUAUGGCGAGGAGAAUAAUGUUGGAUAUGCAUCUAAUAUAUCCAGUACAGAACUGGAGCAGGCGUAUAUAGCCAACCCUGAUGGUCAACUUCAGUUUAACACACUUGGUCACAAGUAUAUUCUUGACUUUUCAAGAAUGGUACAACGUAACAUAGAUUAUAAAACAGAAAGAGAGGUUUCUCGACGACCAACUUUUGUCAGCAUAGAGGACUUUAAACAAAAAAAGUUGCAGCUUCAUGGAGGGCGUGGUCAGGAGAUGAAAGACGGGGCUAGUAAUAUUGCUAUGAUUCCUGCUCCACCUCACUGGCUGAUUACUGGUGGAGGAGAUAUUAUGGAUCAUUGUCAAAUUGUACAGAUUAGAGCAAAGUAUCCAGCUAUGAAGAAAGAAUAUAAGGAGAUUGAAGAUUUGUUUUGUGAGAGUAUGCCCAGUACUGUCUCCAUCAAAUCUAUUGAGAGGAUAGAAAACGGAGAUCUGUGGUGUAAUUUUGUCAGUAAAAAGACUAGGAUGAUCAAGAAAAGCACAAACAAAGAUGUUGGGGAGAGACGAUUAUUCCAUGGAACUACCACAGGAUUUGUUGAUGCCAUUUGCAAACAAGGGUUUGAUUUUAGACUCAGUGGACAGAAGUCAGGAACUCGGUACGGGAAAGGAAGCUAUUUUGCGACGACUUCAAAAUAUUCAGAUUGUUACACAGAUGUAGACAACAAAGUGAUGUUUGUUGUAAAAGUGCUUGUCGGGGAGUAUGUUAAGGGCAAGAGUGAAUAUGUCCGACCUCCAAGUAAAGAUAAAUCAAACCCAUGCAGCGACCUGUAUGACUCGUGUGUUGAUGAUAAAGACAAUCCAAAAAUUUUUGUGAUUUUUGAUAACAGUGGUCAGGUUUAUCCAGAGUAUAUUAUCAAAUAUGAGUAUAAAUAUUAGAUUUGAUUCUAUCUUAUAUAUAUAGUAUAAGUUAUAAAGAUGUGUACAGGUUAUAUGUGUUAGUAUAAACCGUUGUAAGGUUAUAUAACCUAUGCUGUCAAACAAAUGUUAUAUUGCAAACAACCAUUUAUAUACGGCCAUAUAACCACAUGUGCUCAGCGAUUUGAUUGGUCAACUCGCAAAAAAAUAAAAAUUAAAAAAAUGAUACAUAGAAUCUAUAUAACAAAUAUAUAUGAUUGAUUCUUUUUAUCUUUUUUGCCAAAGUGACCAACCUGCUGAACACCUGUGCAUAUUUAAUAUGCAGACAUUUUUAUAACAAAUUCAUAAUACAGGGUUGUAUUUUAUUGAAAUUCCUAGGUCUAAAAUAUGUCUUAAGACCAAAACUGUAGCCAUUUUCAUUUCAAUGAAAAUGUUCUAACUUAUGACUCUUAUGUUCAGACAACUCCUGAAUAGAGCUGCAUAUGAACAUUUACACAAAGUGGAUUGAAGCGUAUGCCAUUGUAUUUUGUAACUUUUCUCAGGAGAAUGAAUUAAAUAAAAGUCUAGAACUUUUACUAAAGAUGAAAACAUGAAUUGAAACGGUCCUAACUUAGUCCUAAAGUUUGUCAUAAGUCCUAGGAUUUGCACUUAGGACACAAUUAGUUUAUACAAAUUUAUUUUAGUUCGAUUGUGUUGGAAGCUAUAAGCUUAUUGAAACACUUUCGAAUCCGUUCCUGGAACCAACCAGUGCUAAGCAGAGAAUGUAAAGUUUCUUGCUCAAAGAAACAACGGCUUGCCCCCGACAGGGUUUGAACCCACGCGGUCAGCAAUCCUUAGAUUACUAGUCUGACGCUUUAACCACCCGGCCACGCCGCCACACUUAGGACACACUUAGGACUUUCUAUAAAACGCAGCCCUGAGUUACUUAAUUUGAGGGAAAAUAAGAACUAUAUAAUAAAUUGACAGCAGCCAAGUAAUCAAUAAUUCAAGUAAUUCAAUUAUUUAAUGAGACAUUGAAUAAGAAUUGUCAAUUUAUGCUGAACCCAAUACAAAGGAUGUAAAAUAAAAAAAAACAAAUGACUAUCAUUGAUUGAGAAUGUUUUUAGGUUUGGGUUUGUUUUUUUUUAGCAAUGAAUUUCAAGUUGAGCGAUCUAUGGCUAUCAUGGUACUCUUGUGUUAAGUCAAUAUUGAUUAUUAUAGAUUAUCUCUGUUAGGGAGUAAAAAAAAAUAUAUGGAUGCUGAGUGAUAUAUCUAUCAUAUAUCACAGGUGAAAUGUGGAGUGUUGACAUUAAUCAUGUGAGCACUUGUUUAUUCCCAAAACAUUGUCAAUCAUUGAUAGUCCUAAAAAAAAAAAGAAUUUAAAAAAAGGUAUGAAUACUAAUUGUUUGAAUGACUUUGUUUUAAUGAAAUAUUUUGUUUUUAGUUUGCUAGAUGAGUGUUAUUGUAAUGCACUUGUAUUGUGAUAAUGGUAGAUAAGUUUUAUAUGAUAUACUGUUUAAUAGGGUGUGUAACUUAAUAUUUUUUUGUAUAUAUAAGAAUGUUAUUGUUGCAUAAAGUUUCUAAGGUGUCUUGUUGCACCAAGUAUCAUAUAUAUUAAGGUGUCUUGUUGCAGAAAGUUUCAAAUAGAGGUGUCUUGUUGCUGCAAGUUUCAGGUAUAUGUGUCUUGUUGCAGUUGAAGGUGUCUUGUAGCAAGUUUCAUAGAAAGGUAACUUGUUGCAGUAAGUUUCAUGUAAAGAUGUCUUGUUGCAGCAAGAUUCAUGUAAAGGUGUCUUGUUGCAGUAACUUUCAUAUGAAGUAAAGGUGUCUUGUUGCAGCAAGGUUCAUGUAAAGAUGUCUUGUUGCAGCAACUUUCAUAUGAAGUAAAGGUGUCUUGUUGCAGUUGAAGGUGUCCUGUUGCAGAAAGUACCAUGUAAAAGUGUUUUGCUGCAGCAAGUUUCAUGUACAGGUGUCUUUUUGCAUUUGAAUGUGUCCUGUUGCAGCAAAUAUCAUGUAAAAGUGUCUUGUUGCAGUUGAAGGUGUUUUGUUGCAGUAUGUUUCUUGCAAAGGUGUCCUGUUGCAGCAAGUUUCAGAUCAAGGUAUCUUAUGUCAUAAAGUUUCAUAUAUAGGUAUAUUGUUGCAGCAAGUUUCAAAUAAAGGUAAUGAAAAGCCCAAAAUCUCACCUUUUCACCCAACGAAAUGCACUUUAAGAUGGCUAAUUUAUUUCUUCACACCGAUUUAUAUAUGCUUAUGAAUAACAUGUUACAAUUACCAAAAAUAAAAGUGACAUUU